CGGUCUUGUUUUCUGGCUGCAGAAGUGAGUUAAAACCCAAAGAGACGUAGCAGAAACCUGAGGAUGGCAGUUUGGGACAAAAAGGUCCUCUGGAGCUUUACGGUCCUUCUAGCAGGUGCUGUGGCUCAACAUGUGAGCUAUCCUGUUACAUCAGCUUGUGCUGUGAAGGGAUCGACGGUCACUCUGCCCUGCACCUUCACAUUCCAAAAGUCUGCAGUUCAGCAUGGAAAAAACGUUUCCAUGAAGAUCCGCAGGGUGGUCUGGUGCAAGAACCAUGAGAUAUGUCAGGGUCCCACGCCAUCUGUGUACGACAGCGAGUCAAAAACCAAACACCGUCGCUUUCAAUACCUGGGAGACAUGUUGGGGAACUGCACUUUACAGAUCAGAGACGUACGGAUGGAAGACAACGGAACCUUUCGCUUCAGGAUGGAAGCGAAUGUUGAAAAUCAACAUUUUACUGGCAAAAGUGGAGUGAACAUCACAGUCAUCGGUGUCAGUAAAAUGAGAAUAAACAGCUCCAACCAUGAAAGACAGAUAAGACGAGGUGAGAAGGUCACGCUGCAAUGUACUUCAGUCUGCUCUUUCCACCAACCUGAGAUCACCUGGUUCAAAGAUGGGCACACCCUCCAAAAGUCUGGCUCCACCCUCCACAUUGACCCUGUGAUUGCAAAGGAUUCUGGGAACUACACAUGUGCCGAAAUAGGCAGGCAGGAAACGAGCUCUGUGCCAUACACCCUGCAGGUGGAGGAGGCGGGGAAAGAUGACUACCUUCCUCUAAUAGCCGGUGUGGUGCCUGUCGUCCUGCUGGCUGUCAUCACUCUCAUACUGCUCUUCUUCAAAAGGAAGCGAGCGGCAGCAGAGGAUCGAAGUGAUGUGGGAGGUGAGAUGGAGCAAAAGCAUGCUGACGCCAUCUAUAGCAACAUCAUGCCACCGUCAGAGCAAGAGGAAGUCUAUGACCGAUCACAAACCAGCCAAGCUGUGGAGGAUGUCAGCUACGCCUCCUUCCAGUUCAAACAAAACAAACAGAAAAGGCAAGUGCGGGAGGCAGAGGACUCUGUCGUCUACUCGUCCGUCGCCAGUCGAGGCUGAAGUGACAUCUCAUUAACACCCACAGGAUGCCAUUGAAUAUGUCGACCACAGGAGACUCUGCACUGUCGGAAUUAAUAUUUGUCAGUUCCUUUGAUCAAGUUAAACUUUAUCAGCCUGGCAAGUGACGGUUUGUCACAGCAGUGUAUCAUUGAUGUUGACCAUCAGCUUGGGCAAAACUAUUGACAGCAUCUAGGAAACCGAGCUAAAGGUUCCCUACAGAAAACAAAAAUUUCUUUAUGAAAGCUCACAGCUUUCACAGCCAUGCAGGCUUUUCUUCUGUUACUUACUUACGCCACCAUGUAACACAUUUGCAUUAUGCUUGCCUACUGGUUAGUCUGGCCCUUAAACUAAGAAUGAGCAGUUGCCUCGUAGUCUGACAUUAGCCUCAAUAGAGUCACUUCAGUAAGAGCUGCAUCCCUAUACUCAUAGAUCUGGAGGUAUGGUGGGUGUUUUUCAAGCCAUUCUGACCCACAAUCAGCUAUGUAUUGGAAAACAAGUGAUAUGUCAGGGUAUCUCACGCAUGCAUAAACAACCUUGAGCCGCCAAAACAGUUUAGGCCUAAAGUAUGAAUACAUGGAUGUAACAUGCAACAGUAUGUACUUUGGGCAGAUGCAGUAAGUUCUGGAAGUAAAAAGAAAAAGUGUGAAAUUUGGAGCGGUAUGUGACCAACAUUGCCUCGCUUUGGUCUGGGCCCACUGAUGAAUCAGAACAGAACAGGCUUUUCAGGAGUCAGGUUUAAAGACACAGGAGCUAAAUCAGAGGGUUAGAUGACCUGUGUAAGAAAUGUAAAUAAGAAAAACAAGGUGCUCCUGAACCUUUUAGCCUGCACACAUAUUCUAAUAGACGCCUAAUAUACAAUGAAAAACCUGUGUGGAGUAGAGGCUCCAUAAUGUAGAUGGAGGUACCUGCAGAAAAACCAACACCCUUCUUUAUUGUCUAUUUUCUGAAAUGAGACCAUGAUUUACUAAACGAGCAUCAUGCUGUUUUGAAGGAAACUAAAAGCAAAAGAUUGAGAUCAAAAACUCAUUGGAAAAAUGUUUGCUGAGGUAACCAAGUGAGAAGGAGGCUUAUUUUCUCAUAAACUUCUAUACAAUCGGACUUCUUUUUACAACCAGAGGAGUCGCCCACUGGUGGCUGUUAGAUAAAAUGCAGGUUUAAGUCACUUUUCAGAUGUACUGGUGGAUACAUCUGGCUUUUAUAUACAGUCUGUGUUCUUUCUGGACGAUUUGCUUUAAUGCUUCUAACUGCUUAAUUUCACACAAACAUUCCCUAUUACUUUUAAUAAAAACCACUUUUGAAAGCUAAUGUCCGGUAUGAGCAGGAGAAAACAGAACAGCAAUAUACGCCUGCUACUGAAAAAAUGGAAUCCAGUCUGAAAAAACUACUGUACCAACAAAUAUCAAUUGGUGUGUCCAGAACCAUAUCAGAAGUAGAAACCUGCUGAAAUCAUCCAAAUCCCAAGACUAAGGAGCAUUGUUUGUCAUUGUUUGUACUCAUUGUGAAUAUAUUAUUUGUUUUUACCUCUUUUUUUUUUUUUUUUGCCAAAAAC